AUGGCCGGAGGGGUGGGUUCCCACGGCAACCCGGGACGGCGGCGAGGGGAGGAGCUCAUCGGCGAGGGGAAUGCAGUGCUCAAGGGCGGCGAUGAAGGGGCUGAGUAUGAUCCCAUUGCCGCCUACGAGGCCUGCGCUCCUCUGCAUUGGGAUAUACAGGAGUGGGAUGUAGAGGAGUGGGAUUUCCAGGUUUGGUCAGAGGAUGAUGAAUCCCUGACCGACGGUGAAGAUCUCCAGCUCCCGCUCGGCGGGGAGCUGGAUGAAGACGACGAGGAUGACAUGUCCUGGGAGGGGGACUUCUCCUCGGAGGAGGAAGAAGUCCAUACCCCAUCAACCGAGGAGGACUCAGUGGCAGGAGGCUUCCUGCUUGGUGGGUCGUCGGAGGACGAUGAUGAUGAUGAUGAUGAAGACAGCAGCGGCUAUAGCAGCAACAACGGCGGAGAUGAUGGCGGCAGCGACGACUACAGCGACGCCAGCGCGGCCCCUCCGAUCAAGCGCUGCAAAGUCUUAGGCACCUACUUGUGGUAG